AUGGCGAUGAAAGGCGACGAUGUCGCCUGGGAAGAGAGCGAGCGCAGUGAGCGCGUUUGGCGGCACUCUCUUUUCGAGGAAUCAACGCUGAGGGCUAUUGGCCGAUUCAUUGCCAAACACCGUCAGGGAGUUCCCACGGAGCUAUGCGAACCGAAGGCGGGCGGCUUUAACGCCUUAUUCAGGAUCAAGUUCAUCGACGGUGGCUCGGCCGUGAUACGCUUUACAAAACCAGGGUCCACUAUGUUUCCGGAGGAAAAGAUAAAGCAAGAGGUAGCAACGAUGAGAUACAUUCAGGAUAACACUACGAUUCCUGUUCCUUUUGUCCAUCACUGGGGUACCCGGGAGGAGAGCCCGCUCAACAUCGGUGCCUUUAUCAUUCUGGAGCUCCUCGCCCCCUCGCACGACCAGGGCCCUAUCAAGCUGUGGUGUGACGAUCUACGGCCAUCCAACAUUCUGCUCGACGCCAACUACCAGAUCGUCGCCGUGAUUGACUGGGAGUUUAGCUACGCCGCGCCCAACAAAUCCACGUUUGCACCACCAUGGUGGCUGCUCCUUGAGCAGCCCGAGUACUGGAAGGAGGGCCUAGACAGUUGGACCGAGGCAUACAAAAACCGGCUGCCCGUGUUCCUCGAGGCCAUUGCAAUGUGCGAGGAUACCGCCAUCGCCGCGGGGAAGCUUGGCGAGCUCCAGCGGCUGUCGGACAAGACGGGAGCGAGCUGGGCCAGCGGGGAUUUCUGGGCUGUGUACGCCGCGCGCAAGAAUUUUGCGUUUGACUGCGUGUACUGGAAGGAGCUCGAUGGCCGCUUUUUCGGGCCAGUCGAGGGAGAUCCGGACCGCGAGACAGAUGGACCGCGAGGCUGGGGCUUUUGA